AUGACUGGGAGAAUAAAAAAUCAUACACCUUACAAUUCCAACAUUACUAUCACCUCUGACAGUACCAUCUAUAGCAAUAGUCUGCUGAUUACACCGAAUGGCAAGCGAAGAGGACGUAAACCAGGUUUAAAUAGUACAGUUGCACAACGCAGUGCAGCGAAUGCCAGAGAAAGAUCUAGAAUGCGCGUUUUAUCUGGUGCAUUUGUUGAAUUGAAAGGUGCACUACCAUGGGUUCCUAAAGAUACAAAACUUUCCAAGUUAGAUACUUUAAAACUGGCCGCUGGCUAUAUCGCCUACCUGAGACGUAUAUUAGACACAUCGGAAUCACACACAGUAAUUUCGCGACCAUCUGCUGAGCUAAUAGACGAAUCAGGAAUAGUAAGAACAGCUACAUCAUUAAAACUGUCGACUAGUCAGUCGAAUUUUGAAUUGAAUUCAAAUUUACACGAAAAUUCAUUACCGGAUACGAUCAAGUUAUUCAGCCUUUUUACUAAUAAUGGUGGUCUAAAGAAACACUGUUAUGAACAUUAUUCAAAAUAUACCUAUAAACAUGAAAAACGAAGGGGAAAAGAAGAAGAAGAGGAGGAGACCUUUUCAUCCCUUGUUGAUCAUAAUCAACAGCAUCAACAUCUUCUAAAUCAAGGUGUUAAUCAGCAGUAUUCUCAGUCAGAUGACUGCAUUGUUGAUCAUCAUCAGCAACAUAUUUCCUAUGUACUAGAUUAUCAGUAUGACCAGGAUCCAUCUCAGCAUAAUCAUCAUUUACAUAUCGUAAAUUCUGUCGGUUAUCAAAAUCCUAACUUAUUAUCAACAUCAACAUCAUCACCAUCACCGACUACAAUACAACCGGCCACAGAUGUAGAAUUUCCUACCAAUCAGUCAAUAAAUGAAGCAUUCAAUAGUGAUAAUAAUAACAACAGCAAUGAUAAUUCUAUUUAUUGUAUGGGAUAUGUGAGUAACAGCUGUUUAACUAUGAAAAAUAUCCCACCAAUUGUUCAUCCUGAAUUAUACCCUAAUCAACAUGAAUUUAAAUCAUCAAUAUCCUCAUAUCUUGAUAAUAUUUAUGUAA